UUUAUCUGUAAAAAAAUAUGUAAACUUCUUUCUAGAAGAUAAAGGUAGGAUGUAGUUAAUCUGUGAAAUUAAUACGAAGGGAAUAUUGAGAAAUUAUUUGCGAAAUCGGCAGGUGUGUAGUUAUCGGAAAAAUGAUAUCUAGUGAAAUUCUAAAAAUCAGCUGCAAUGAUUGCAUUGGCAAAUUUUUAAUAUUUUGUAUUGUCACCGCUAUCGUAUUUCUCAAUAUUCGAUAUUGCGGAUAAGAUAUUUGACCGAGCAAUUAGCUAAUGUUGAAACGUCAAGAUAACCAUACUGACUCAGAUCACACAAAUAUAUCACGUGAAUGAGACAUGAUUGAAGCCGCUUUCGCGAUAAUUGCACUCGAAACGCUCAAACAUACUCUCGACAAGAUCACCUGUCAGACCAACUCGUGAAAUCAAUAGGUUACAUGAAAUUUAUGUUUUAAAACACAAAAAAAUGAAGAUGACAAAUUAUAACGAAAGAAAGUUACCAUUGAAUAUGAUUGCUAUUAAUUAUUAAGAUGAAUAAAUGGUUUCAAGAAAAUGUACGAUACAAUAAAAAGAGAAGAAAACGCUGAGUCCUCCGUGAAAUCAGGAGGUUAAUGAAAAAAUAGAUACGAGCGUUUAAAAUAAGAUUGUUUAAAUAAACCGUACUAUCGAUACAGAUUUUAUUUGAAAUAUGCAAUAAUAAUAGAGCAAAAUUAAUACUACAUGCUCCAUUUGAAUAUUUAUCAAAUCCAGAUACAAAUUUAACAGAAAAUAACGAAAGAUGAAAAAGAAAAAUUGUAAAGAUCCUAUAUGUCCAAUGAAUCGACACCCAUCAAGGCAUCGUCCUACGAGUAAUAACAAAUCAAAGGAUGGGACAACUACAUCAAGAAAACGCAGUCGCACAACGAGUUGUAGAAACAAAAUGUGCCAAGCUUCGAGAUCGACCGUAGAAAGUUCAACAUCGAUGUCGAGGACACGUACAAGAAGCAGAGAAUCAAUAAAAUCAGGCAGAUCGAGGUCGAUCUGUUGUAGAUCGCGCAAAAAAAGAGUCUGCCACUGUCGCAGAAUACGAGAAGCUCGCAAGCAAGCAAGUCCGCCAAGAAAGAAGAAGCGCAUAAGAUCUCGAUGUAAAACGUUGAAAAAGAACCAAACGCCUCUCUGUAUAUGCGUCAAAGGAUCCAGUUCGCAAGAUCUAAGGAAGAAUUGCAAAUGUCCAUCGACGUGCCCAAUGCUUUCAAAAUAUGAUGAUUGUUGCUGUAUAAGAAAGAGGAGAAAUAGAAGCAAGAAAGGAAAUAAUCCAAAAAAUAAUCCAAGAAACAAUCCAAAAAACAAUCCAAAAGCUAAUCCAAAUUCAAAUCCUGGAAGAGGAAGAUCGGCACGACAAUGUCGCUGCAAAUCACCUACAUCAAAUCCAAAGAGAAACAUAUUUGCAAGAGGACUGUCCAAUUUACGUAGGAAGCUACAACAAUUUGAACUUCCUUUCCGUCGGUAUGAAAAACUAAUAUGCAAUGGUAAUAAUCGAACAAGUAUGGCUAUUAAUAUUUCUGUUUCGAACCUAGACAUAAUAGGAAACAAACAUGCAGAACAUGCACCGACCGAUGCUACUCGAGAGUUUCUUCAAAGAACCGAAGUCAAAAUGCGCCAGAGAGGAGGAAAGUGAAAUUCUGCAAAUAAGGGUAACAAUGAAUUGGUAUUUCUGAUAAAUGUUUCGUUUGUAUUUGCUUACAAAAUCAAUGUAAG